AUGGUGCACGCAAACCCGGAGCUAUGGACUACCGUCGGUCCUUUCUCUGACAAGCUGGUCGACGUUGUGCAAGACUUUGUUCUCCCGCGGAUCAUUGGUGGUGCACGUCUCACAGCCUACGCCGAUGGCGUGAACCACGCUGUGGCUAGCAGAGACAUAAUCAACCUCCUAUCCCUCGUUGACUCAAAUCGGCAGCUGGUCCAGCUCGCCCGCAUUCAAUCGCUAUCCAGCCGCGCAUGCAGGGACAUCAAGGAGCUCUUUUCAUCUGGAGUCGCAUUUCAGGCUUUGCGGUACCUCUACCUCGAGACGCACCGCCUUGUGGCAUGGAAAGAGAAGACACUACUAGCGCCCAGCGCCACUUUUAUUCGUCUUUGCGGUAUGCGAUCUGCACCCUCGCUCGCUCUUUGCACAGAGCUUUCAGAGCUACACAUCGAGAACGUGGACGAGCUUCCAGCGGACGCAGUUGUUGUCAUCAACGCUCUCAGACUCAGACGCAUGUAUCUGAACGUCAGAUCUAUGCAGGAGGCUUUGGAUACAGCGGCGGAAAAGGACAUCCAAUUGAGUUUGCCUUGCCUUAAAGUCGCCACCCUUUUCAUCCACCAUUCGGACCUAUAUCGACUCUUCGCAUUGUGUUCCGCCAACGGACUCUCCUCACUCACAAGCUUAUCUCUUCACGGCCAUUGUGGAGGUACUAUUCAACCUGUACAGGUCAUCGAAGACCGCGUUAUCCAGCAAGGAUUGCAGGCGCUGGUCGCAACUAUCCAGAACACGGUCACUCCGCCCACCUUCCUUCCAUCACAUCUGCUUCACGUCGAAACUCAGAUCGACGCUGUAGACGUCUCGCUCAUGAGCGUUUUGCGCCAUACUUCCCAGGAGCGACGUGUCAAGUUGAGCAUGGACACAACAUACUCUCAUCCCAGCAACGUCGACAUGCAUGUGUCAGUCAUGGCGGGCAUCUUGUCGGCCAUAGGCCCAUUGCGCGUAGAUAAGCGCCUGCAUGUUAGACUGAUGCCCCCGUCACGGCACCCUUUCGAGCGCGAUCCUGUUGGUGGAUUGUCAAGCAUGUGGUCUCUCACAGCCUUCAGGCUUAGCGGAGACAUUGCUGGGGUCCGAGCUGUGCUCAAGGCUCUUGCUCAGGGUCGAGGGACUUUACGCACGCACAUGAUCCUCGACGGUUUUACAUUAACACGAGACACCCUCGCUCAUCUAUGCGAGCUGGCGUCUCGUCGUGGAAACCGCAUUGUGCUUUCAGUCAUCGGUGAUGUUGAAGAGUCGUGCAAGACUGCUCUCAUAGGACAUCGUCGUCUCCAGGUGGGAUACAGGGAUGUAUAA